ACGAGAACAGAGCGGAAAAAUUGUACCAAUCGUGGUUUAAAUAUGUAUGUGAUGCAAUGUCAAGGCUCUAGCGCUUGAUUAAAUUAUUACAAGAAAAUGGCUCUGAGCGGUUCAUUGCUCAGUAAAAGUAGUUCUCAGGAAAGAUCAGAUCUUGUGGCCUUCUGGAGUGUUCCACUACUUGAUGGUAUACACACUGUUGAAUUUGAACAUGGGGGAACAACCGGGAAACGGGUCAUCAGAGUGGACGGCAAGGAGAUAUUGCGGCGCGACUGGAUGUUUAAACUUGUGGGCGAUGAAAAAUUUACUUUGGGAAAACAAGGCGCUAAAUGCGAACUGCAUGUCGAUCCUUUGCCACAUUUCGCAUUUGCGUACAGUCUGUACGUUGAUGGAAAACCUUUGGAAAAAUUUACAGAGAAACAGUCACAGACAACGCGAUCGUGGGCGGUUGUGACAGAAGGGAAACGCUACCGUGUUGUUUUUGAGAAACAAACUUUGAAUGUGUGGGUUAACGGACAGUAUGUUGAAACUGAGAGUGUUUUUAUUGACGGUGGGAGCGAAAUGACGUUUGAAUUUGAGGAUUUGAAGGCUGCGAUACGGGCGACUUCGACUGAUCGCAAGCAGGGGGUUAUUCACCAGCUUUACGUCAAUGGGAAAUUAAUUGAAGAAGAUAUUUACUGAUAAUGUGAUUUGUUUUGUAAAUAAAUAAAAAAAGAUUAUUCCGG